AUGUCGAACGCACAUAUAAGGGGUUGUUUUGUAUUAACUGGAAUAGAUUGGAUGUUGACAAUGAGUCGAAGCUUUUCUCGCGUAAAUGUCAUUCGUGUUCGUCGUGCGAGUUUUCGAAAACAAAAGUGUUAUUCAAAGCGAUCAACAACGAAAGAUAAUCUUACACGUCAAUCAAAUUUGAAUAGUACUCAUUUUUCUAAUGUGUCUGCACCUCGAUCAAUAUCAUUAUCGCAUACUACUAACACGAUUAUCAAAUCACAACAAAAGAAUAUUCAUCAUGAACGACAACAGAUCUCUUCUGUCUGUGAUGAUCAAGACGAGAAUUUAGCCAGUGNUCGAAAACAAAAGUGUUAUUCAAAGCGAUCAACAACGAAAGAUAAUCUUACACGUCAAUCAAAUUUGAAUAGUACUCAUUUUUCUAAUGUGUCUGCACCUCGAUCAAUAUCAUUAUCGCAUACUACUAACACGAUUAUCAAAUCACAACAAAAGAAUAUUCAUCAUGAACGACAACAGAUCUCUUCUGUCUGUGAUGAUCAAGACGAGAAUUUAGCCAGUGCGUUUGGACGAUCUGACAGUCGUCUAUGGUUAAAUCGUACCUGUCGAAUAACACCUUCGAAUAGUCGUGAGUUGUUCAAUGAUGAUUUUAAAAUCGAUUUUGAUGGAAGAUACACAAAUCAAAGAAAGAAACGAAUUAUUCCAGGCAAAGUUCUAUGUAAGUUUGCAUCGUGCGUUUUCUGUUCACUUUUAAUCAUUGCUGGUGUGGUUGGCAUCAUUCUAUAUGCAACGAAUCAACCUAAAAACGAGGCAACAGCUCAACAAUCGCCAUGCACAAUAGGUGCUAUGACUUGCUCGUCACCAAUCUUUUCUUGGAAUAAAACAGGCGUUUGCACGCAAUCUGCACCAUCAUAUCGGUAUUUUAGUUGUUGUCAUCGAGCAAUAUCAACUCAACUAACCAUCGAGUUUCAACUUAUUGAAGAAGUUGGACCAUGGCAUAUUGAUGAUGUUAGUAUUAUGCAGAAUAAUCGAGAACUUCUCAUUAAUGGUGGCUUCGAAUCGAAUUUGACUGGAUGGAUAAUCAUUUCUUCGGCGAAUCUUUCCAUAACACCAUUAGCUUAUUCCUCUGUAUCAGCAGCACACUCAGGUUCAGCUUAUCUGUAUUCAAUGGCAGCCUUAACACCCGAUUACAUAAAGCAAACAGUGAAUGUCGCGCAAAAUCAAGAUGUUAAUGUUAGUUUCUGGUGGUAUGAUGAAGGUGGUGUAGCUGGUUCAACUGAAAAAUGAAAGCGUUUACGUCACAAUGGGAACAGCUCAGCAAGUGCUCAUUCGAUUCGAUUUCGGCCAAUCCUUGUCAAACUAGCUUCUUUGAAAUUCAACCCGAUGACUUCUGAUAACGACGUUGGUAUUAGUAUUGGUUCUAAAACUUACCUGGGGUUUUUACAGCAAGGUGACUAUUUGAUUAAACAAUUUCAAGAUAAUAUUACAGAAGAAAAACAAAUUUCCAAGCAAAUUAUUGACAAAAGCCACGAAGUUCUCAACAAAGCCUAUCGUGAUUAUCUUCAAAUCAAGACAAGAUUUCUUCGAAAAACAAAUGGUCUUAUUAGGAAAGCUUUAACUAAACCACAUGUACGUUACCAUGAAAUUUGGUUGCAAGCUUUUCACAAAGAAGUCGAAAAGUUUAAACAGGUUAUUGAAUCUAUUUUACAAGAGUUAGAUUCUGCUCAAAAAGAAAAUGGCCGAUUAAGAACAAAGUGUCGUUGGCUACUGGGCAGCGCUGCGGUAACAUCAGCUAUUUGUACAACACUUUUAUCUGGACUUAUAUUGCAUUCGUUACCCGCUCGGAUAUGCUCCUUCACGAUCAACGCUGAAAUAAUAGCUAUGGUUAUGGUUGCGCCAGUCGCACUUUUAACAGGUCGUUUUAGUUUUGUUUUUAUUGGCUCAAUGAUGGAGAUUUCUUCGAAUCGUGUAAAGAACGAUCAACGUACAAAUGAAGUACAAAGAUUAAUGAAGAAAUGCUUCUCCUCCUUCGAUAUACAAAAAAGUGGCAACACCAAAGAAGCAUUAAACGAAGCAUGUGAAAAAGCACUGAAUACGCUCCAAAUAUCCAAAAGCAUUUGGGAGAAUGAGGAUACAUUGGAAAUGUUAAAAAAUGAAGGAGAACAGGAAUUGAACAAUCUCACUCAAGAACUUGCUGAUUUUGAAUCCAGACAGUGA